CAAUAACAGGCAGGCUUUUCUGUGUGAGCCACAGCCAAAGAAAACGGAGGCAAACCCUCUCCGCACUCUAUCUCUCUCUCUCUCUCUGUGCCUUUCGCCGUUGGGUUUCCACAUCCCCUGCAACUACGAAGCUCUCUCUUCCAAAUCCAGGAAGAUAUUGGCAAUAUACCAAAUCAAAAUGUACAGAUCCACAACGAAUCGGCUUCUCCGGCUCUUUGGCGCACCCUUGGUUAGCAAUAGCAAUAUCCAUAUGCUUCGGUUCCGUCCCCUUCAAUCCCUCGUUAGUCGUACUCACUUUUCCACCACUGUGAACUCUGAACCAUUUGUUGAUAAACCCCCUAGUUUUGCAAAUUCCACAUCAUCAACGGCCGAUGAAUUCCCUAAUGUUUCGAAUUCCACGUCAUCAACAGCCAGUCACACGAGGAAGCCGAGAGUAGAAUACCAAGAUGAGCAAGCUCGCGUGCUCCAGGCCUCACUUCCCCAUGUGAUAAGGUUGGGAUGGAGCGAAGCCGCAAUGAUUGCUGGUGCAAGGGAUGUUGGUGUGUCUCCAUCUAUUGUCGGAUCAUUUCCAAGGAAAGAGGGCACCCUGGUGGAGUUUUUCAUGGAUGACUGUUUGCAGAGGCUUAUUGAUAGAAUCGAGUCCAGUACAGAUGAGCUGAAAAGUUUGAUACUCAGUGACCGUAUCACCAAGCUUAUCCGUAUUCGCUUAGAAAUGCAGGCACCCUACAUAUCGAAAUGGCCUCAAGCUCUUAGCAUCCAGGCACAACCAGUGAAUGUUCCCACAAGUUUUAAGCAAAGGGCGAUGCUUGUGGAUGAGAUCUGGCAUGGUGCUGGCGACGACACCGCUGAUUUUCAGUGGUAUGUGAAGCGGACUGUCCUCGGAGGAAUAUACUCCACAACUGAGAUUUACAUGCUUACCGACGAUUCCCCAGAUUUUCGUGAUACAUGGGCAUUCUUGGAUAAUCGGGUGAAAGAUGCUUUUGACUUGAAGAAAACCAUUCAGGAGGCAACAUACUUGGCAGAAGCUGUCGGUGCUGGGAUGGGGACUUCUUUCCAAGGAUUUGUGAAGAGAGUCUUUCGGGGCUAAGAAAUUACGAAAGCAUUCUUUUGCAAGCAUCAGUCCUUCCUCUGGUCAGUAUACUUGAAUGAGAUGCUGUGUUACUGCUUUAGUAGUUUUCGGGGUGGUUCGAAGUUGAAACUGCUGUAAAUGUUUUCUUUCUAUAUCAGGAUCCAUUUGUUUGUGAACGGAAGUUCCAGUUAAGCUCUCAAGGCUGCUGUGUUUGAAGGUUACUUUUGGUACUUUCUCCGUAGACUUGUAAUAAAUAAAAUUAUAGUCGAAAUAAGGUAAAAUGGAGGUGUAAUUGGAAGCUGUAUGGGGGGUUAUAUGAUGUAUACGAAGAAAAUGCUUAAACUUAAAAAUCUUUAGCCAUUCAA